GAACAUGGGACCGAGCGGCUGUGCGUUGCGGAGGACUCUGGUCCGAUGCCGACCCGUGACGUCCCGCCCGGGGACGGCAGAGCAGUGUGGCGUCCCCUGCUGCCCGGUUGUAUGUCGGCAGCCCCUUGUGGUGCUCCAGGUCCACCGCUACGGAAGAGAUCCCCACUCCUCCCUACUCCUCCCCCAGGGGGUCCUGUCUGGCGACGACCUCUACGACCUGACGGUAACCGAUGGCGACUGCCGGCUGUGCGUAACGCUUGAGCCAGUCCUCAACAGGUUGGUGGAGAGAAACACCCUCCAUGUUGGGUCCAGGUUAAGGCACGCCUCCUUCUCGCUGCCCCUUCACCAGGGGGAGGGGCCAAGGGACCCGGGCUCAGCCAAUCACGUGGAGAGUUUCAGGCUGGUGAGUGUUUCUGUGUGUGAGGAGGAGGAGGAGGAAGAGGAGGAGGACGAGGCAGUGGAUGAUGAAGACUGUCAGCAGCUACCAUGGUUCAGCUUCUCUCCAGAGAUCCGCCCACCAGCAGGGGGUGUGGUCCCGCUGCUGGCCAAUAGGAGCAGCUUCCUGCCGCUGUGGAACAACCGAGACUACAUUGGCUCUGUGUGGCAAAGCUCCGCCCACACAUCUGAGGUAGACACAAGCUCCGCCCCCGCAUCCGGCGUAGACCCAAGUCAUGCCCUCACCGGAGGCGAGGAAGAGGAGGCUGUGUGUGCAGCUGUGUGUCCCAGGGUGACGGUCCGUGAGCUCAGGGAAGAAUUUUUCUCCGGUCGCCAUGGCAUUGGGGGUGUAGUCAAACGGCUCCUUGUCGUACGCAUCAUCAACCGGGCUCACCUGAUGUAUUUUGGCAAACCAGACCGGAAGUGUGAAUGUCCUUAUAAGGUGGUGUUGGAGGUGUGUGACCGCUCGGCAACAGUGUGUGUUGUCCUUUGGAACACCGUGUGUCUGGACUGGUACAGAACCCUGAGACCUGGACAAACACUUGCACUUAAUCACUACAGAGUCAAGACCAGCUACACACAACAGUCGGACAUAGAGGUCAGUGUAAAUAGCAGGAAUCCUGCGGCUCAGCUGCGUCUUCUCCCAGAAUCCUCUGUUCCUGUAGAACGCCGCCCCCCCAGCCCCUCGUAUACCUUCUGCAGCGGGGAGGAGCUUUUGGAAGUUCCCCAUGGCAACCUGUGUGAUGUGAUUGGCCUGGUGACAUUCGUUGGGCGAACUGAGCGAAUAAGAAACAAAGAUGGACAGGGGGCGGAGCUACUGCAGUAUAGAUGGCUCUCACUGGAGGAUGGAACAAGUGAUCGGCCAAUCAUGGUGAAGCUUUUCUCGACGUCCCAACCUGAGGUCCACGACAAUCUGUUUCCUAUGUGUGUGGUCGUGUGCACAAGGCUGAAGGUGAUCAGAGACAGGUGUUACUACCUGACCAACAGCACAUACACACAGGUGUACUGCACAGGUCAAGGUCACCAUUCAGAGAUGCCCUACCGCAGGCUCCGCCCAGUCCAUCUCUUCCUCCAAUGGCUUCGGAGUCAGACAGACCAGGAUGUUCUGAGGAGGGCUCUGAUUGGUGGAUACUUCAUCUACCCUCCUCCUCCGGUCUCCAUGGAAACACACAUGAGGGACAUGAGAGUGCAGCCAUGUUUAGUGAAGGGGGCGGAGCUCAAGAGAGAGGUGGAGUCUCUGUGCUACCGCGAGCGACGUACACUCUGUCUCCAGGCAACAGUUACCAUGGUGAUGUACGCCUGCAGAGGAAAGGAAGACUCGUGUCUUGUAUGGAGUGCUAACCCAUUUCCGUCCUCGCCCCCUCCCUCUCCGUCCUCCUCCCUCUCCUCUCCCCUUCGCUCCUCCUCUCCUAUCUGCUCUUCCCCUCUCUCCUCCUCUCUCGUCUCCUCUCCUCUCCACUCCUCCUAUCCUGUCUCGUCUCCUCUCCUUUUCUCCUCUCAUCUCUCGUCUCCUCUGCUUUCCUCCUCUUGCCUUCCCUCUACCCUUUCCCCUCGUCGCCCCUCCAGAGUAAGUUUUUUAAAGCGUAAACAUCAAACAGCUUCUGGAGAGCAGAAGUUGAAGAGGCCGCUGCUGACCUCAGAACAAGAAAAUAGGACAGCUGUCCUCUGGGAAGCGUCCAUGGAGUUCUUGGCCAGAACGGAAGGUGAUGAAGACGAUGAGGCUGACGAAGAGAAUAGCGUCUUCACUGCAUCCAUCUCCUCCUUCUUCUCUGGGAUCGCCAUGGAAACCCUCCCCCUGCGGUACAGCCCCGCCCACAAGGAGCGCCUGGCCGCUAGCGCGGCGAUGCAGUCAGGAGAUAGGGGGCGGUGCUUCAAGAGACGAGGGGCGGAGUUUAUCUCCCCUAUAGACAGUUACUAUGUCCUGUCACUCAGAGGUCACUCCAACACCUGGCUCUCCAUCCUCGCCCACGGAUCCUUCUCCUCACACGCCCCUCCCCCAUCGCCAGGUGACCUCAUCAACAUGGCAGGCCAGCUGUCCAAUCAGAGGCUCCUCUGUGUUCUGGAGGCGUGUCAUCUGGGAGGAGCCAAGACAGAACUGGUGCUGAGCAGAGCUUUCCCAUUAUAACACACACACACACACACACACACACACACACACACACACACACACACACACACACACACACACACACACACACACACACACACACACACACACACACACAAUCACA